GGAGUACGGAGUACAUGUGUACUUCAUGAGGUCGCCAGUCGCUUCGAAAUAUGAAGCGCACAAAGGUCGAGACGUCGGUGGUUGGAGGUGGUUCUCUAACAUUCCGGAGUACAGGAGCUUCCACCUGCCAUUGCCGGAGCAAAGACUUCGUUGACUGUCGAUGCAUUUAUCUUCUUGCGUCGAAGGACCAUUGAAAUCAGUGAAACCAUCUUAUUAACCUGACUUCUGAAUUUGUCAGUUUACUUCCAUUCCUGUUGGCAAUCGGGGAGAGCCAUGGUCUACUGCGGGAAGCCGAGCAAGGGUUGUCAUCGGUGUAGACGCAGGAAAAUCAGAUGCGAUCAAAGCGAGCCCUCUUGUGGCCAAUGCCUUCGCGCCAAUCACAUCUGUCCCGGCUACCGAGACCAGCUGGAUCUUUUAUUCCGAGAUGAGACCCCAAAAGUAACAAGGAAGGCUCGCACGACCUCGAAGCAUGCGGCUUUAGGCCGAUUUCAAAGCUCAAUGGCAGAUCAAUCGUCCGCCAUUGUGGAGAUUUCCCGGCCCGAACAAGUUCCGCCGAUACCCGCAAGGCCAUAUCAAAUGACGAACGGCACUGACCCAUUUUCAUCACGACCACUUUCUCUAGACCUAAAACAUCAGGCGCUCUGCUUCUUUGCAUCCAGCUAUGCACCUCCUCCUCGCAGUUUUGAGGCAGAUUAUUUAGGCUAUACGCCUUUGGGACAAAAUGUAAUUGACAAUGAAACUCUCACCAUUUGCAUGACAGCAGUCGGUCUGGCCUCACUAUCCAACAUCACCAAAUCACGACCAAUGCGGCUUGCCGCCCAGGAACAGUAUGUACAUGCUUUGGCAUUAAUACACGGCAGGCUACAGAACCAAGAGCAUGCGAGAUCAAUUGUAACCCUCGAUGCUGUUAUGCUCCUGGGGAUGUUUGAGGUGAUAGCAUGUCGUGGCGCACGAUCCCUGCACACUUGGAGAAAUCACAUGAGUGGAGCAAUUGCUUUACUCAAGCUCCGCCUGGAAGAUCUACCGAAUUUUCGAACAUUUAUCCAAGUCCGCGCCCAGAUUAUUUCCGGUUGCCUUUUAUCUGAGACUUAUUGCCCUCCUUUGGUUGGAAACCUAUUUGAAAAUGAUCGUCCCAGCAUACCCAGUGCCCAAAUUAUUACGGAGAAACUGACGGGUCUCUUGGCAAAGGUCGCCAAUUUGCGCGCUUCCAUAAAGGAAGGAGUAGUUUCCUCCCAGUUCGAGAUUCUUAGCAUGGCUUUGGGCUUAAGAGACCGUCUUCUUUCCUUUGCACAAUCGCUGGAGAAGGUUUAUCCAUUCCACAAGGCUGGGGAUCAAGACAGACAAUGUGCAUUUCUUUCUCCCGAGUUUGUUUAUGGAAUUCAUUUUGACGUAUACCCCGACUUUUAUGCUGCGAGCAUAUGGAAUGGCUACAGAGCCGGCCGCAUUACACUCAGUGCCGCAAUCUCAAAGUAUUUCUCACAGCUCAACAAGGCUUCUUUGCACCACCCAGGCUGGGACGAAAUUAAAGCAAAGGUCGGAAAUGAUAUGCGCGAAAUACAGCAACUCGCGAGGGAUAUUUGCGCCAGUGUCCCAUUCACAUUGGGGAUGAUACACUGGGAUUCAAAUACGGUUUCCGUUAAGUCUACUAGCACCAAUGCACUGGGUGGCUUUUACAUGCUGUGGCCACUAUACCUUGCGGCUGAGGCGACUGAUACAAUGCCCGAUAUUCAAGCUUGGGCUGCUCGUCAACUCGAAUAUAUCGGACAUUCUCUGGGGAUUAAUCAGGCGUUGUGGAUGGCAAGCAUAAUUAAAGAGAAAUCCGCUAUAGACGAGGUGUUGGCUUCCGAAUCUUUAGCGGAUUCGGACUUGUGAGGCCAAGCCCCCAAAAUCUUGACGCCGGUCUUGCACAUAGGUGCAAUUACAUUACGGUCUAUGUUCAUUAGAUUUCUAAGGUAUAAACUCCGAGGUAUCCAAGCAUAGGGAACUAGACAAUCAAAUGUAUCUACGGG